AUGACCCUAAAAAGGGCGGGUGAGGUCAUCACGAGGCGCCGCGGAGGGACGCGGGAAGAGCAGCUCUAUGCCUCACAUGGAGAAACUAUUAGCAUACUGGAUGUCAGAUCCCUCAAAGGUUCCCUGGACCAUUUUCAUGUGAAUGAAGAAGAAAUCAAUUGCCUUUCAUUGAAUGAAACUGAAAACCUGCUGGCUUCUGCUGAUGACUCUGGAGCAAUCAAAAUCCUAGACUUGGAAAAUAAGAAAGUUAGCAGAUCGCUGAGGAGACAUUCCAACAUCUGUUCUUCUGUGGCUUUUCGGCCUCAAAGGCCUCAGAGCCUGGUGUCAUGUGGACUGGAUAUGCAGGUGAUGCUGUGGAACCUUCAGAAAGCCCGGCCACUCUGGAUUACAAAUUUACAGGAGGAUGAAACAGAAGAAAUGGAGAGCCCACAGUCACCGGGUCAGCUUUUAAAUCCUGCUCUCGCCCAUUCUGUGUCUGUGGCAUCGUGUGGCAAUAUUUUUAGUUGUGGUGCAGAAGAUGGAAAGAUUCGAAUCUUCAGGGUAAUGGGAGUCAAGUGUGAACAGGAAUUGGGAUUUAAGGGCCACACUUUGGGAGUAUCCCAGGUCUGCUUUCUGCCAGAAUCUUAUUUGCUGCUUACUGGAGGGAAUGAUGGGAAGGUAAUGAUGUGGGAUGUAAGCAGUGAAGUUGAGAAAAAACAGAAGAGUCCUACAAAACAUACCCACAGGAAAAGCACUAAAAGGGCAACUUAUACCAACCAGGGUGGAAACACUAAUACUUCAGUAACACAUGAAGAACAGGGCAAAAUUUUACCAAAGCUAAGUAUUGAACAUGGAGAAAAAGUGAACUGGCUCUUGAGUACAAAAAUAAAGGGUUGCCAAAGUAUAUUAGUAGCUGAUCAAACUAGUUGUAUAUCUGUGUAUCCCUUAAAUGAAUUUUCAAUCCAAUAAAAACAUUUGAAUAAGAAAAAAAA